AUUGCCUACGCCAUUUGUUUAUUCAUUCGUUUUCCUUAAUCGCGCACGAUUUCGUCACACAGACAUUAAAAUGGCAUGUCCGUUUAUUCAGGAACCUGUAGAUGAGGAAGCUGCAUUAAUUCGGAGAGAGUUAAAUUUACGUCGGGAGAGAAUGGUGAGGCCCCGUUUGGAUGUUUUAUCAUUUCCGGAGGAUUUUUUAUUUGAGCGAUAUCGUUUUUCUUUACAAUCCAUUACAUAUAUCCACACUCUGCUUCAUCCUUACAUCACAAACCUCACUCGUCGGGGCCGUGCUCUAACAUCUGAGCAAAUUCUUUGUAUGGCCUUACGUUUCUUUGCUAAUGGUAGCUUUCUAUAUAACACCGGGGAUGCAGAACACGUUAGCAAGGCAACAGUAUGCAGAGCGGUAAGAAAAGUGUGCCUCGCUCUCAAGCAGUUUUUGCAAGUUUUUGUUAAGUUUCCUGGCCAUAAACCUGUGAGAGCCGUCAAAGAGGAGUUUCACAGGAUUGCAGGUGAAUGGUGUACAUCUUUCUAAAUUAGGCUGAUCAAAUAAAUGUUGUUCUGCUAAGAACAUCUUGCUGCCACCUCUGGAAGUAAGCUAAUAAUUAAAAUGCCCUUUAGGAUUUCCCAAUGUAAUUGGGUGCAUUGAUGGCACCCAUAUUCCCAUCAUCGCUCCUUCCCAAAAUGAGGCCGAUUAUGUCAAUCGGAAGUCCAUCCACAGCAUUAAUGUGCAGGUACACUGACAUGGCCUAAUGUUUCAUAAUGUCGAAGACUGUGUCCAAGUACAGUAACUCUAAUGUCUUUGUUUGUCACUGUAAAGAUCAUAUGUGAUGCUGCACACAUAAUUACAAAUGUGGAGGCUAAGUGGCCCGGCUCGGUUCAUGACUCACGGAUAUAUCGUGAGUCAUCUCUGAGCAACAGAAUGGGCCAAGGAGAGAUCGAUGGCCUGCUGCUGGGUGAUAGGGGUUACCCGUGCCAACCUACACUCAUAACCCCUUACCCAGAACCUGAGCCAGGCCCCCAGCAGCACUUCAAUGUGGCACACAACAGGACAAGAUCCCGGGUGGAGAUGACCAUAGGCCUGUUGAAAUCACGUUUCCAGUGCCUACGCCACCUCAGGGUGACCCCUGAAAGGGCUUGUGACAUUAUUGUGGCAUGUGUUGUUCUUCAUAAUAUUGCCAUUAUUAGAGGGGAGCAACACCCUGCCCUACAAAUUCAAGACCCUGAGGAAGACCUCAUACACCAUGGGGAUUUCCAGGAUGGAAGGGUGGUCAGAGACCUCAUAUGCCGCAAUGUCUUUGGACACUAAUGAACCACACCAA